GAAACAAGGACUACCAACACUCUCACCUGAUCGGUUUGACCCCCGGCCUCAUCACUCAGCACUCAUCAGUGAACCAACCGAAACAAGCUGAGAAUCAUGGCCGCCGCGGCGCCACCUCCACUGCUCGCGUGCUUCGCCCUCGCCGUCCUCGCCGCCGCGGUAUGGCCGUCGCUAGGGGCGGGAGCGUCGCUGCUGGAUGACCCCGCGGGGCUCCUGCGACGGGCCAAGGAGCCGGCGUUCGCGGACUGGAUGGUCGCGGUUCGGCGGCGCAUCCACGAGAACCCAGAGCUGGGGUACGAGGAGUUCGAGACCAGCGAGCUCGUGCGCCGGGAGCUCGACGCCAUGGGGAUCCCCUACAGGCACCCGUUCGCCGUCACCGGGGUGGUGGCGACGAUCGGCACCGGCGGCCCGCCCUUCGUCGCUCUCCGGGCGGACAUGGACGCGCUACCUAUGCAGGAAAGUGUGGAAUGGGAACACAAGAGCAAAGUUCCUGGAAAGAUGCAUGGAUGUGGACAUGAUGCGAAUGUUGCUAUGCUAUUGGGAUCUGCCAAGAUUCUUCAGGAGCAUCAUGACGAGUUGAAGGGCACAGUAGUGCUGGUUUUCCAACCAGCCGAGGAAGGUGGCGGUGGGGCGCAGAAAAUGAUAGAAGCUGGAGCUUUGGAAAACGUAGAUGCUAUUUUUGGGGUUCAUGUAGCUGACUCUGUUCCUAUUGGUGUGCUGGCAUCCAGGCCAGGGCCUAUCAUGGCUGGGAGUGGAUGCUUUGAGGCCGUAAUAAGUGGAAAGGGAGGGCAUGCUGCACUUCCUCAUCACACUAUAGAUCCGAUCUUAGCUGCCUCUAAUGUUAUUGUGAGCCUUCAGCAACUUAUUUCGCGGGAAGCUGAUCCAUUGGACUCACAGGUUGUAACAAUUGGGAAAUUUCAAGGUGGUGGGGCCUUCAAUGUGAUCCCUGAUUCUGUAACAAUAGGUGGCACCUUCCGAGCCUUUUUGAAAGAAAGUUUUAAUCAGUUGAAGCAGCGAAUUGAACAGGUGAUUGUGUCUCAAGCAUCCGUGCAGCGAUGCAAUGCUACUGUGGACUUCCUCACCAAUCGUAUCCCUUUCUUCCCCCCAACCAUCAACAGCCCUGAGCUCCACAGUUUCUUCGUGAAUAUGGCCGGUGAGAUGGUUGGCUCCAAGAACGUGAGGGACAGGCAGCCGCUGAUGGGUGCCGAGGACUUCGCCUUCUAUGCCGAGGUGAUCCCGUCCACCUACUACUACUUUGUAGGCAUGUACAACAAGACUCGAGGACCGCAGGCAUCCCACCACUCCACCUACUUCACCGUCAAUGAGGAUGCCCUCCCCUACGGCGCGGCUGCGCAAGCAGCGUUGGCUGCUCACUAUCUGCUCGAGCACGAGCAGCCUGCUGCUACCCCUGAUAAGGCGAAAGCCCAUGAGGAGCUGUAGAUAGAUAUCUUCCCCUUCAGCACACAGUUCUGCAUAUCUUUGUAUUAAAAUACUAGUGAACGUGCACGUGCGGCACACACGUGAUACAAAAAGGAUUGCAUACAAGACUAUGUAUAAUGUAAUAAUAAAUAGUUACUAUAUUAUUACCGAAAUUGAAACUGAAAUAACAUAUAACUAACAA